AUGGAGUGUCGACCAAAGGGCCUCGACGACGACGACGCGGACGUCGAGCCCGACCAGUUUCUGUCCGACCUGCCACCUCUGGAUCGUGCCGACAGCCAAAACGCGGCGACCUCUGCCGCCGGACUGCAGCCCACGCCGUCCGCCGCGCCGGCGUCUGCUGUCUCGGAGCCGCACGAGCGACGCGCACAAGUCGGAGCGAGUCCGUAUCUCGCACCUUUUACGCCGAGUGGUUCGCCCCCUCAGAACAAAACGCCGAUUGCUAGUAAAGGGCGCGGUACAAAUAACGUCAAGCCACAGCUCCAGCCAAUGCCAAAAGACGGUCGACACGCUGGAUAUGUGCAUCCAGUGCUACUCCAAGACGACGUCGUGAAGCACUUGCCGCCACGAGUACUCGAGACACUUGUGGACAUUGUCGCGACACUGGACCAGCUCACGGACGGCGUCGCGGAUUUUCGACCGGAUCAGCUCAACUUUCUUAGUGAAAAAGCCACGCGGUACGUGGAGCUGCUGCAACAAGCAGAUCAAGCAGCAGCUGCGUACGAUGCCGACAUUCCGUUGCAAGUGCUACAGAAUAUGGACGCAACGAAAGACUCGAAUCCCGAGCUGUUUACCAAGACGCAGUUGGAAAAGUGUAGUGAAGAGAGUCAGCAAGCAGCGGCCAAGGUCGAGACAUUGUCGAUGCUAAAAGGAGCGCUGCAAGCUGGACUGCAAGACCUCUAA